AUGGCUUUUUCAAGGUUGUUGAAGCUGCGAAUGCUGAGGACCCUCUCUCUCAUCUUCAUUGGUAUGAUCCUUUCUUUUGUCCUUUGGGAAACUGGCUCAAACAGGCAGUCAUUGCCUGAACUCAGAAUACCACUUCAGUUCUCUGCUGACCUGCCUGGCUGCUCGGCUAUCAUCGGUGGAGACACAGAGGGCAAGCAUGUCGAAUUAGAAAUGCUUCUGGUGUCCAGGAAAAGACAGAAUCUUUUAUCUGAGGACUUUUAUCUCAACAUGACAAAGGACUGUCCAUCUUACAUUGAGAAGAGAGGCUUUAUUACAGUGCCUCUCAGUAAAGAGGAGGAGGAUUUUCCCAUUGCCUACUCCAUGGUGAUCCAUGACAAGACUGAGAUGUUUGAGAGACUUCUACGAGCUGUUUACGCUCCUCAGAACAUCUACUGUGUGCAUGUGGACCAGAAAUCCUCGGAAGAAUUUCAGAAGGCUGUGAAGGGAAUUGUUUCCUGCUUUCCUAAUGUGUUUAUAGCCAGUAGAUUAGAAAGAGUGGUCUAUGCCUCAUGGUCCCGAGUGCAGGCAGAUUUGAACUGCAUGAAAGAUCUGCUGAACUCACAGGUCCAGUGGAGGUACCUGCUUAACACCUGUGGGACAGACUUCCCCAUCAAAACCAACAGAGAGAUGGUUCAGACACUGAAGACCCUCAAUGGGAGGAACAGCAUGGAGAGUGAGGCCACAAAUGACUACAAAAAAACCCGUUGGCUGUAUCAUUUCAAUGUAACUAACACAAUCAGCCAGACAAAUGUGAAGAAAAGUCCUCCACCUAUUAGCAGCCCCAUGUUCACAGGAAAUGCUUACUUUAUAGUCACAAGAGCCUUUGUGAAACAUGUGAUGCAGGACAGAGAGGUUCAGCAGCUUCUGGAGUGGGAGAAGGACACAUUCAGCCCUGAUGAGCACCUGUGGGCCACUCUACAGAGGAUGCACUCUGUUCCUGGAUCCACGCCUGCAAACAGCAAGUACGAUGUGUCAGACAUGCAAUCCUUUGCUCGUGUGGUGAAGUGGAGCUAUUUAGCUGGAGAUGUGGAAAAAGGAGCCCCCUACUAUCCUUGCACCGGUGUUUACAGAAGAGCAGUUUGUGUGUACGGAGCUGGUGACCUCCCAUGGCUGCUGAGACAACAACAACUCUUUGCAAAUAAGUUUGAUCCUGCUGUUGAUGAUAUUGCAAUUAGAUGCAUGGAGUCAUAUCUGCGUGUCAAAGCUUUAGGGCGUGAUCCACUGUUAACAGAUCCAAGUUUCACCGUUUUGUAA